UGGGCACAGGAGGGUGUACUGCUGGGCACAGGUGGGCGCACUGCUGGGCACAGGAGGGUGUACUGCUGGGCACAGAUGGGCACACUGCUGGGCACAGGAGGGUGCACUGCUGGGCACAGGUGGGCACACUGCUGGGCACAGGAGGGUGCACUGCUGGGCACAGGUGGGCGGAACUGGUGGGUGGCACUGCUGGGCACCAAUCAUCAGGGCACUGAUCAUCAGUGCCCUGAUGAUCGGUGCCGAUCCCCGCUCUGACAACUGCCGGCUCUCGGCAGUACUUUCCUCACACUCUGACAGCGUGAGGAAAGUGCAGCCGAGAACCGGCAAUUGCAU